UCACAGAUUCACAGUUCGACAGGCAGCAGAGCAAGCGAAUUUCGCGCGCUUAAUUGGAUCCUGAGUGAAUGAGAGCGCGCAGCUGAAAAGGAGGCAGCUGUGGUUGAUCGAGCACGUCGUCAUGGCACCAGCCAUCGGCGCGGAGGAGCAGGACGUGCCGCUCUUCCACCCCUCCCCGUGUGCCUACUACGUGCAGAGCCCCUCCGCGGCGUCGCACACCCUCAGCCACCCGGCGUCCGAGUCCACGGCGCUCAUCCUCUCCCCGUUCCCCGAGGCCGCCUACGCCGCCCCGCGCCGCAGCGACGCCGCCGGCGCCGGCCGCCACGAGCACGACCAGGAGGCCUCCCGCCUCGCCCUGUCCCGCUACUCCUCCUCCCGCGGCUCCAACAACUCCUUCCUCACCGACAAGAAGCCCAGCGGCGGCGGCGGCAGGGGGGCGCGGCAGGUGCUGAGGGUGGUCUCCGGGCGGUCCUCCUCCGACGGCGACGGCGACGGCGCUGACCAGAGGAGCGGGGCGUGGAGGUACGUGAAGCUGGACCCGGAGGCGCCAUGCUGCUGCAUCGCGUUCCAGGUGGCGUGGAGGGUGGCCGUCAGCGUGGCGAUCGCGCUGCUCGUCUUCGUCGUCGUCACCAAGCCCGCGCACCCCGGCGUCUCCUUCAAGGUGGGCAAGGUGGAGCGGUUCAGCCUCGGGGAAGGGCUCGACGGCUCCGGCGUGAUCACCAGCUUCCUCAACUGCAACUGCUCCGUGGAGAUGGCCGUGGAGAACCACUCCAAGGUCUUCAGCCUGCACCUCCUCCCUCCGCUGCUCGACAUGUCCUUUGGCCACUUCACCUUCGCAACCUCACAGCAGGGAGAGGGGCCGCACGUCGUCGUCGGGCCGCGAGCCGCUACGACGGUGAGGCUCUUCGUGGCGGCGCAGGAGAAGCCGAUGUACGCGGCGGGGCGCGGCAUGCAGGACCUGCUCGAGUCCGGCAAGGGCGUGCCGGUCGCCAUCACGGUGCGGUCGCAGUCUCGGUAUCGCGUGGUGGGGAGCCUGGUCCGGCUCACGUACCGCCACGACUCCCAGUGCGUGCUGUACCUCAGGAGGAGAUCGCCGCAGCGGGACAACGCCCUCGCCGCCGCCGGCACCUCCACAUGCUCCGCGGCAACUUUAUAAAUCAUACUACUCAUUUUUUGGCUACUUUGUACUGUAGUACAUGUACAUCUCGAAUUCUCAAUCGAGGAUUUCAUUUGCCGCUUCACGAGAGACGUUGCAGUUCAGUUUUUACGUGUGGAAUUGGAAACGGAUGUGAUUAUAUAUAGAUUAAUUUUA